AUGAGGGCUGUCAAAUCAGUCCUUGUGAUGGCAGGAUCCCUCAAGCGCCAAAACCCAGACAAAAAUGAAGAUGUUGUCCUCAUCCGAGCCCUAAGAGACAGCAACCUACCAAAGUUUCUUGCAGAAGAUGCAGUUCUUUUCCAGGCUAUUCUCCAAGAUUUGUUCCCUGGAAUUGAAAUACCAGCUCAUGAUUAUGGUAACUUUCAAGCGGAAAUCACAAAAGUGAUGAAAACAAAGCAGCUCUAUCCUCUUGACUCUAUGGUAAAGAAAGUAAUUGAAUUCUAUGAAACCAUGAUUGUUCGACAUGGUGUCAUGCUUGUUGGACCAACUGGAGGAGGAAAAACCACAAUUUAUCAGAUAUUGGCCGAUACAUUAACUAAUCUUCAUAACUCAGGCGAGAAUCAUCCCUUUUACAGACCUGUCCACACUUAUAUUCUGAAUCCAAAAUCUAUCACCAUGGAAGAAUUGUAUGGGGGAGUUAGUAAACUCACCAUGGAAUGGCAUGAUGGUUUAAUGGCCCUCACAGUCAGGAUAGCCUGCAAUGAUACAAGCGAAGAUCAUCAGUGGGUGAUCUGUGAUGGCCCAGUGGAUGCUCUCUGGAUUGAAAACAUGAACACUGUGCUGGAUGACAAUAAAAUGCUGUGUUUGGCAAAUAGUGAAAGAAUCAAGCUGACACCUUAUAUACACAUGGUCUUUGAAGUACAAGAUUUGGCUGUUGCAUCACCUGCAACUGUUAGCAGAUGUGGCAUGGUAUAUAUUGACCCUGAGGAGCUGAAAUGGAUGCCGUAUGUCCAUAAAUGGUUAAAGAAAUGGACUGAAAAAUUAUUAGAGGAAAGUUCCGACUAUCUGAUGGAUAUGUUUGCUAGAUACGUUGAGAAGGGCCUUCAGUUCAUCAAGAAAAACUGUGUGCAGACAAUUCUCCAGUCUGACAUAUGCAAAGUGACAUCUUUGUGUAAGCUGCUGGAAUCUCUUCUCUUCUACAGUGAGACACCCAUCAACUUUUACAUGGACACAUCCAAGCUGAAUCCAUUGCUCUGCAUUUGCUUCAUUUUCAGCUUUCUCUGGGGACUUGGAGGAAAUAUUAUCGAUUCUAAUUGGGAUGCCUUUGACACUUUCAUUCGAAACAUUUUCGACAAUAAUGGAGAUGCCAAACUUCCAGUCACUGGAGACCUGUGGAGCUGCUAUGUGGACUUUGAAUCUCGUCGGUUGGAAUUCUGGGAGAAAAUAGUUCCAAAUUUCAAAUAUGAUAAGAAUGUACCAUUCUUUGAAAUUUUAGUCCCAACUGUUGAUACAGUACGAUAUGGCCACCUUCUCCAAAAGCUUUUGCAAGUUAAACACCCUGUUUUGUUUACAGGAGACACUGGUGUUGGGAAGUCAGUGAUUGCUCGUACACUCCUGAACAAUAUUUCUGAAAAAGCUGAUUAUGUUCCAGUGUUUAUAAACUUUUCAGCUCAGACCAGCAGCCAACGGACGCAAGAAAUGAUUGAAUCCAAAUUGGAAAAGAAAAGAAAGAAUGCAUUGGGUGCCCCUAUUGACAAACGUGUCAUCAUUUUUAUUGAUGACCUCAAUAUGCCUAAACUGGACACUUAUGGAUCUCAACCACCAAUUGAACUAUUACGCCAGUUGCUUGAUUUUGGGGGUCUUUAUGACCGUGAAAGAUUAUGCUGGAAAGAAAUACUGGAUGUUACACUGUCUGCUGCCUGUGCCCCUCCAGGCGGUGGUCGUAAUCCAGUUACCCCUCGACUAAUGAGACAUUUUACAAUGCUGUCUAUUCCUCCACCUUCAGAAAAUAGUUUACAGCAUAUGUUUAUGUCUAUUCUCAACGGGUUCCUGCGAGAUUUCACCCCAGCCGUCCGUAACUUGACAGACAGCAUCGUAACAGCUGCCAUCGACAUUUACAACCGGAUGAAAACAGACCUCCUUCCAACUCCAACCAAGUCGCACUAUAUUUUCAAUUUAAGAGAUUUGUCAAAGUGCAUACAGGGAAUUUUGCAGUGCGAUCCAAUCAAUGUUCGAGAUGGGAAUAAACUUUUUCGUCUCUUCUGUCAUGAGUCUAUGCGGGUCUUUCAUGAUAGAUUGAUAAAUACACAAGACAAAGACUAUUUCUACACUAUCAUGUCUGAAAUAGCAAGUAAAUACUUUGGUGAGGUUAUUGAUCCAGAAACAUUACGAGAAAAUCCAAUCCUGUUUGGUGAUUUUCUGUCUGUGACAACUGAGCGAGAAGAUCGACUGUAUGAGGAAUUUACUGACAUACGCAAAAUCCAGUCCAAUCUACAAGAGUAUCUCGAUGAAUUCAACAUGCAGUCUCCAAAAGAAAUGAAAUUAGUUUUCUUUCUCGAUGCUGUACAACACGUAACAAGAAUUGCUCGGAUUUUGAGGCAACAAAGAGGAAACGCCCUGCUUGUUGGUGUCGGGGGCACAGGAAAACAGUCUCUUACCAGAUUGGCUUCUCACAUCUGCAACUACAGAUGUUUCCAAAUUGAGUUAACCCGAGGAUAUGACUAUGCUUCCUUUCAUGCAGAUCUGAUAAAACUCUACGAUAUGGCAGGAGCCAAAAAUGAAAACACUGUGUUUCUCUUCACGGACACACAGAUUGUUGUGGAAGAAUUCUUAGAAGAUAUAAACAAUAUUUUGAAUUCUGGAGAAGUUCCAAAUCUUCUUGCCACUGAAGAUCUUGAAAAAUUAAUCAUAGCAUGUCGUCCAGAUGCCAAGGAAGUUGGGAUUCCAGAAGGAAGCAGGGACCAAAUUUAUGACUUCUGCAUUAACAGAGUCAGAAAUAAUCUUCACAUUGUCUUGUGUAUGAGUCCUGUUGGAAAUUCUUUCCGAACUCGUUGUCGAACUUUUCCAUCAUUAGUCAAUUGUUGCACAAUCAACUGGUUAACAGAAUGGCCAAAGGAAGCGCUUUACAGUGUUGCCAGAUCUUUCUUUGAGGAAAUAGAUCUUGGAAAAACAGAAAUGAAGGACAAAAUUGCCACCAUGUGUGUUGAGAUCCAUACAAGUGUCACGACGAUGGCCGAACGCUUUUAUAAUGAAUUGAAACGUCAUUACUAUACUACCCCGACAAGUUACCUGGAGCUGAUUAAUCUCUACCUGUCAAUGUUGAAUGGAAGAAACAGGAGCAUAAAAAGUUCCCGGGAGCGAGUUCAGAAUGGUUUGAUAAAGCUCUUGGAAACAAAUGAAUUGGUUGCCAAAAUGAAGGUGGAACUUGUUGCUUUGGAACCAGAGUUAAAAAUGAAAUCUGCCCACACAAUUGAAAUUAUGGAAAAGCUGGUCCUUGAUCAAGAAAAAGUAGAUGCUGUCAGAAAAGUUGUGGUUGCAGAUGAAGCUCUUGCCAAGGCCAAAGCUGAAGAGACACAGAAUAUUGCAGCUGAAGCUCAGAGUGAUUUGGAUGCAGCAUUGCCUGCACUGGAGGGUGCGAUCAAAGCUUUGGAUGCUUUAGACAAACAAGAUAUAUCAGAAAUCCGUGUCUUCACAAAUCCACCAGAAUUAGUGCAAACAGUUUUGGAGGCAGUGUGCAUUCUUAUGAAUCAAAGAACUGAUUGGUCAACCGCAAAAGCCAUGUUGGGUGAACCUGGAUUUCUGAAGCGUAUGGUUGAUUAUGACAAAGAUCAUAUUUCUGAUGCAAGUCUAAAGAGGUUAAAAAAAUAUAUAGACAAUCCUAAAUUUCAACCUGAACAUGUGGAAAAAGUGUCCAAGGCCUGUCGCUCAAUGUGCAUGUGGGUAAGAGCAAUGGAUUUGUAUGCCCACAUUUAUAGAAAUGUGGAACCAAAAAGACAAAGACUGCAAACAGCCCAAGAAGAGCUUGAUGCUGUCAUGGAAACAUUAAAAGAAAAACAACAGAAGCUAGCAGAUGUCGAAGACCAGAUAGCCCAGUUGCAAAAAACAUAUGACAACAGUCUGGCCGAGAAGCAGACUUUGGAGAGAAACAUUGCUCAAACAGCAGCUCGUCUUAAAAGAGCCUCAAAACUGACGACAGCCCUUGCUGAUGAACAAGGAAGAUGGAAAGAAAAUAUUAUGGAAUUUACAGCCCAGCUGGGUAAUGUCAUUGGGGAUGUGUUUGUAUCAGCUGCCUGUGUUGCCUAUUAUGGUGCUUUUACAAGUGUUUAUCGAAAAGAACUGGUGGAUGGAUGGAUUUCUCAUUGCGUUCGACUUGAAAUACCUAUUUCAGAUGGACUAACUCUUGUCAAGGUCUUGGCUGACCCUUUUGAGAUUAGACAAUGGAACACAGAUGGGCUCCCUAGAGAUCAGGUGUCCAUUGAAAAUGCAAUCCUUGUGACAAAAGGUCAUCGUUGGCCACUGAUGAUUGAUCCUCAAGAACAGGCCAAUUGUUGGAUUCGGAACAAAGAGAUGAAAAAUAAUCUGCAGAUCAUCAAACUUAGUGAUACCCAUCUUCUUCAAACUCUGGAGAAUUGCAUUCGCAUUGGAAUUCCAGUGCUUAUUGAAGAUAUCGGUGAAACCCUGGAUCCUGCUUUGGAACCAAUUUUACUUAAACAAACAUUCCAGCAGGGUGGACGUUUGAUGAUUCGCUUGGGUGACAGUGACAUUGAAUAUGAUAAAAACUUUCGAUUAUAUAUGACAACCAAAAUUUCCAACCCUCAUUACCUACCUGAGGUAUGCAUUAAAGUGACAAUCAUAAACUUCACUGUCACCAGAUCAGGACUAGAAGAUCAAAUCCUCAGUGAUGUAGUACGUCUUGAAAGGCCAGACUUAGAAGAACAAAGAAAUACACUGAUCGUUCGGAUCAAUGCAGACAAAAAUCAGUUGAAGGCCAGUGAAGACCGAAUUCUCAAACUUCUCUUUGAAUCGGAGGGCAACAUUUUAGAUAAUGAAGAACUUAUUAACAUUCUUAAUGAGUCCAAGGUAACUUCUGGAUAUAUUAAGCAACGUCUUGAGGAAACGGAAACAACUGAAAUGAAUAUUUCUGCUGCUCGUGAAAAGUACCGACCUGUGGCUGCCCGGGGUUCAGUCAUGUAUUUUGUUGUGGCUGACAUGGCAGAGGUUGACCCAAUGUACCAGUUUUCACUAAAAUAUUUCAAACAACUGUUUAAUUAUACAAUUGAAGCAAGUGAGAGAUCUGAUGAUUUGCAGCAGCGAUUACAAACCUGUCUGGUAGAAACAACUCGUUUCAUUUACAAGAAUGUCUCCAGGGCCCUGUUUGAAAAACACAAAUUGAUGUUUUCACUUAUUUUAUGCACGGAGAUCAUGAAGCAAGAACAAAAGAUCACUUCUGAUGAAUGGAAUUUCUUUCUCCGGGGUGGUGGAGCCAUGGAGAUGGAACGCGACAAGAAACCUAACUUCUCAUGGCUCAAUCAACACACGUGGAACAUUGCAGCUGAUCUCGGCAACUUGUGCUCAGCUUUUUCAAACUUAACAACAGAAAUAACGAAGCAUCUAGUUUAUGUCACUCUGGAAAACGACAAAGUAUGUGCAAACUCUGAGAUUUUGACCACAAAAACUGACGAUGAUGAGUCAGCUGCAGACAUCGAAGGAUGUUGGGAUGAGAAACUAACCAGCUUCCAAAAACUCAUAUUUAUCAAAGCUUUUCAAGAAGAAAAGGUAAAGUAA